AUGCUGUAUCUGUGCUAUUCGCUUCAAUCGCGACUCGGAUUCCUCAAUUAUCUCAAGAAUUUCGAUGCUGCCAAUUUGGACGAAAUUAGGCGACUCUUCAUACUCUCCUUGUCCAGACUCAAAAUGUACGGAUCAUUCGAGGAUUUCGAGGAGAAUCUGGAAAUUUUUCGCAAUUUCGAGAUGAAUCAUCUGAUUUGGGGGAAGCGUAACGAAUUUUUCAGUACGAGGCCAUUGAUCUACGAGAGUCUGAAUCAUGUGCUAUACGUGACAAAAAUGGAUGCAUGCAUUAUUCUUCAGAAUAUCAUGCUGCCUUAUUGCUGGGAAUCAGAUCUGAAUACUGUCAUCAAUCUGCAGAAGAGAAUCUUCGCUCUUUCGUAUAAUGUCGGUAAAACUCUUCAAUUUGCGAAGAUCGAUGGGGAAAUCAUCAUACGAAUCAAAUAUGACGUACACUCAGCGUAUAUGAAUACAUUUGAUGAGCCAGAAGCUCUUGAAACCCUGGCAAACUGUAUAAACGAUGACGAUUUCGCCUCAGUCAUCAAACGUUUUCGAGAAGCUUCAUCAGCAUGGAGGGAUCAAAUCAUAUAUAAUCAGGCGACCCUGGCGGCUCUUAAUCCAGAAAUGGAGCCGAUGGCUCGAGCGCAGAAGUUCGCUUCGUUGUAUAUGCAUGUUGUCACUGAUGACUGUAUUCGGAAAAACUACAAUAUGUUCAGGGGGACGCCUCCACUUACAGUAAGACUUUUCGAGGAUGGAGAUAUGCAAUUUGUGAUGGUCGCCGAGUUGGUCGAUGCGUUGAAUAAGAUUUCGAUGGAGAAAUUGAAAUAUAAGGAUCGCGAAUUACUUGUGGGGACGAUGAGUUGGAGGGCGGUGAUUCGGAGGUUUGGCGAUCAAAUUGAGCUUUUUGAGUUCAUCCGCACCCCGAUCCGCCGUGCGAAACACAAGGCAGUUCCAGUUCGAAGUCACAGCAAUAAUAUUGUCUACGUGUUGGCCGCCGACGCGCUCAUCGAAUUCUUCAGAAAUGCAAUAUUCGGAUUGAGAUUCUUCCAGAUGCCAGAAGAUGUGAGAAGAUCGGCUCGAUUGGAUAAAGUAUUAAAAAAGUUGGAUAAAUGUUUCAGUGUGGAAUUUAAGAGUAUCUACUUCCUCCAAGCUGACUGGAGCGAAUCGCUGCAAGCGGCUCUCGACGACGAAUUCGAGCUCGAAAACCUGCCCGACCGAGAUGUUCGCGGGGUAUCAGACUACGGAUUUACAGUAUUCGAUAUGAAGGAAGAGUUGAUUUAUCUGAAACUCCAUCUAGUCUUUCCGGACAUCUUCGACUAUCUGAAAGUGGUGCAUCAGCAUGUGGAUAGUGUGAAAAAAUCGGAAUUUCUGAGAACUUGUGACAUGUUUGACGCUAUUGAGAUGUGUCAACUCGUAUGUAUUCUCAAUCGAUGGCCGAAAUUCAAACAGGUUAUUCAUAAUCAGAAGGCGUGUCACAGAAUCAUCGGAAUCAGAUGUGAGUGGUGUGAGGAGACGGAACGGGAGGUGGAGGCGACGGAAUUUCCGAGUUUUGAUGUCACGGAGGAGCCGGAAAUCGUUUUGCCGCCACGCGAUUUUAGCUCGGUUGCUCUCAUUGUUAUUAGUAUUCUUUUUGCUGUUGUCGCUUAUUUUUGGAUGAUUGCUCAGUAA